CCCCCUGGCCAACCUAUGACCCCACCUCCUCCAGCACCUCCUGGCAACUCCAUACCCCAGACACUACAUGCCCCCCCCAGCCACACCCUGGCCCCCUGCCUGUACCUGACCCCUCUCUCCCCGCCGGCGGGUGCAGGGCACGGGCACGAGGCGCGCAGAAACGCCACUGCCAUGGGCAUCCGGGACCCCUGCAGCGGCCUCGCCUUCCAGGCCUUCACCGCGGACGACGUCAACCGCACCUACGCCUUCCGGGGGGGGCAGUACUUCCGCCUGGACUCCCAGCGGGACGGCUGGCACUCGUGGCCGCUGAACCACACCUGGCAGGAGCUGAGCGGGCUGGUGGACAGCGCCUUCAGCUGGGACAACAAGCUCUACCUGAUCCAGGGCUCCCAGGUCUACAUCUACCGGGUGGGUCCGGGCUACACGCUGGUGCAGGGCUACCCCCGGGGCCUGCAGGAGGAACUGGGCAUCGCGGGCGCUGACGCCACCUUCACCUGCCCCCACUCCGCUGAGCUCUUCGUCAUCAACGGAAACUCCCUGGAGCGGGUGGAUCUGAACCAGAGCCCGCGGAGCCCGAGGCUGGAGGGGUCCAUCCGCCAUGAGCACGUGGACAGUGCCAUGUGCAACGCGGACGGGGUGCACCUCUUCCACGGAAACACCGUGCACCACUACGCCAGCGUGGCCGAGCUCACAAUGAGCCCCAAGCCCUCCCCCCCGCAGAACGUGACUGCCGUCCUCUUCGGGUGCCCCCACUGACAGGACAACCCUGCCUGACCCCCAGCCACCAUGCUCCCUGAACCCCCCCAUGGCACCCUUUACCGUGCCCCUCCCUUCCCCGUCCACUGCACCCCACUCCCAGGGGUGUCCUUGGUCAGUAAAGACCUGGGGUUCAGAGCUCCCCUCCCACCCAGGGAAGAAGGCACCUGGCUUGUUCUGCCAUCUGAGCUCUUGCUCUGGCUGGCCACUAUGCCAGGCACGGUUCCUUGCCACCUGGCCAC